UGGUAUCGACAAUUGUAUCGGCCUUCGUCCCUCCGUUGCAAAGUAGAGAAGCAUCAAAGCAGCAAUAAUCAAUCAGCGCUGAAGAUGCUGUCCUUGACGGUGACGAUGUUGCUGACUGCACUCAGUGUGUCCGACAGCAAGCAGAAAGACUUUUAUUCCUUCAAAGUUGUCAACAGCAGAGGGAAGUUGGUAUCACUGGACAAAUACCGGGGAUCGGUGUCGUUGGUGGUAAACGUGGCCAGUGACUGCGGCUACACCGAGGAACACUACAAAGCCCUCGCCAAGCUCCAGCGGGACUUUGGGCCGUAUCACUUCAACGUGCUGGCGUUCCCCUGCAACCAGUUCGGCCAGCAGGAGCCCGGCAGCGACAAGGAGAUCGACAGCUUCGUGCGGCGCGUUUACGGCGCCUCCUUCCCGUUGUUCAGUAAAAUCGCUACUGUGGGAAUCGGAGCCAACAACGUCUACAAGUACCUGCUCGAGGUGUCUGGCAAGGAGCCCGACUGGAAUUUCUGGAAGUAUCUGAUUGAUGUGAAUGGGAAAGUGGUGGAUGCAUGGGGACCAAAGGUCUCCGUGGAAGAAAUCCGUCCUAAAGUAGCUGAAAUGGUGCGGGAGAUCAUCCUGAAGAAGAAAGAAGAGCUGUGAUGUCGCACGGGGAAAUUUCAAUGGAUGGAACAAACGGAACAUCUUCAGUCCAAGAGAAAGCAUUUUCGAAGCACUGAUAAAACAUUUUCCAAUUAAAUCAACACAUUUUUCUACAAACAAA